AUGCAGAAGGGAUUUUUUUUCGUAUGUUUUAUAUUCCAGGCAGAGGCCAUAAUAUAUGUUGUUGAUUCAAGUGAUACGGAUAGGCUGGUGAUUGCUAAAGAAGAGUUUCAUGCAAUUUUGGAGGAGGAGGAACUAAAAGGUGCUGUGGUUCUCUUAUUUGCUAACAAACAGGACCUUCCUGGGGCACUCGAUGAUGCUUCAAUAACUGAGGCCUUAGAGUUGCACAAGAUUAAAAACCGGCAAUGGUCUAUUUUUAAAACUUCUGCCAUAAAAGGAGAAGGCCUUUUUGAGGGCUUGGACUGGUUAAGUAAUACGCUUAAAUCUGGAGGUGGCUAA